AUGAACGUGUCAUCACCGGCCAACGUGACGCUGGUUAUAGAAAAUCGGGAUUCCUUUGCAAAAGCUGUGGCCAAAAAUGUCAUUGUUGUGGUUCUCAGCAUUUCCAUCAAUUACAUCAAUGCAGGACUCAUACGAACCUUCUGUGAACACCAGAUCUUCUACACAAAUCCACGCUACAUCCUGUUCUUCCACCUGGUGGUCAACGAUAUGAUCCAAGUGACGCUGACUGUCACACUUUUCCUCAUCAGCUACAUCCUCUUCAAAAUAAACAUCUCGAUCUGUUGCACCUUGAUCCUCAUUGCUCUCUUCGCCACUGAAAACACCCCUCUAAAUUUAGCCUGCAUGGCGGUGGAGUGCUACAUCGCCAUCUGCAUCCCCCUACGUCACGUCCAGAUCUGCACCAUCAGGAGAACCCUGAUCCUGAUCGGUCUCAUCUGGAUGACCACCAUGUUCUCCGUCCUUCCCGAUCUCAUCAUCACGCUGGCCUUAGAGCCACUGGAAUACUUUAAUACCCGCGUCUUUUGCCUCAGGGAAACUGCUUUUCGAAACCCCAUCAUUGUCAAGAAGAGGGAUUUUACAUAUGUUGCCUAUCUGAUUAUAGUUUGGCUUGUUAUCUUUUACACUUACUUCAUGAUCCUGUUCACAGCAAAAAAAGCAAACAAAAAUGCUAAGAAGGCGAGAAACACAAUCCUCCUUCACGGAUUUCAGUUGUUGUUGUGUAUGGCGACAUAUGCAGAACCUCUGCUGAAACAGGCACUGCAGCAGUGGUUCCCUCAGAAUUACUCAGAUUCCCUGUUUGCUUGUUAUAUCAUUGUCAUGAUCCUGCCACGAUCCAUUAGUCCAAUCAUCUAUGGUAUAAGAGAUAAAGCCUUCAGGAUGCACCUGAAAAGGUAUUUAUUAUGUAGAGCCUGUUUAAAGUGA